CACAACAAGGUCUCUAUGUUACAGUAAUUAUAUAACAUCAACCAAAUUAAGAAGAAAAAAAACAACAUUUGAUGGGCUGCGUUUGCACGAAGCAUCUGGUUAAAUAUGAAGAUCCAUCCAUUCUUGCUUCUCAAACAUGCUUUAAAGAAACUGAAAUUCAAGCUUUGCAUGAGCUUUUCAGAAAACUAAGCACUUCUGUAGAUGAUGACAGCUAUAUAAGCAAGGAAGAGUUUCGGAUUGGCUUGUUCAGGAACAGAAACGAGCAAAGCCUCCUAGCAAACAGGAUGUUCCAGUUAUUUGAUGCCAACAGUGAUGGGUUUAUAGAAUUCGGAGAGUUCGUUCGAUCUCUAAGCAUCUUUCACCCAGAUGCUCCUCGCUUGCAAAAAGUUGCGUUCGCAUUUCAAUUGCAUGAUAUAUGGGAAACCGGGUACAUCGAACCCGUGGAAGUAAAGGAGAUGGUGGUGGCUCUUCUAAACGAAUCGGACUUGGCUCUUUCUGAUGAUAUUGUGGACGCCAUUGUUGAUAAGGCAUUUGAAGAUGCAGAUUCAAAUGGAGAUGGAAAAAUCGAUCUGGAAGAAUGGAAUGAAUUUGUUGCCCGUAAUCCCACCUUGAUAAAACACAUGACCAUCCCAUAUUUGAAGGACAUAACUGCUUUUCCUAGUUUUAACAACACCACCAAAUUACACUAAUCUCCCAUCAUUAAAGCUGUCUGAAAUUAGCAGCAUCUUGGGAAAUGCUCAAUACAAAUUUGGAUGGAGAUGUGGGACAUGAUCAUCAGAAGAUUAAGUUACCUUAAAAGUUAUAAGCACUCUUCUUCUUCUGGAAAAAAAGAAGGAAAAAGAAGCACUUAUGUUUCCAUUUUAAUGGUAUUGCCUUUGCAUGGACUCAGUUGUAAUGGGAAUCUCUUUAGGUGCAUGUUCUAGACUAAAUCCUUACACAUGAUGGCACCAUCUCAUCAGCUUUGCUGUCUCAAGGCAAAACUCCAUGCCAAAAUCAACGACUCUUCAAUUAAUUACAAUU